GAAAAUUCGGGUCCAUUGCCAAAUGAGCAAAGAGAUUGUAAACGAAGAAGCGCCGUCGUUGACCGGUGUUGUUUCGGCGGAGAAUCGUACCCUUGGUUCUCUGAGAAGCGUCCGAUGGCGUCUUAAUCUGGGUGUUUUACCUCCUUCUCCUUCGCUUGAUGAUCUUCGCAGGGAAACUGCUGAUUCUCGCCGAAGAUAUGCUGAGUUGAGGAGGCGGCUGCUACUGGAUCCGCAUGUUCCCAAGAAUGGAGGAAGUAAUUCCCCUGAUCUUGUCAUGGACAAUCCACUCUCACAAAACCCAGACAGCUCCUGGGGUCGAUUCUUUCGGAAUGCUGAACUGGAAAAAAUGGUUGACCAGGAUUUAUCGAGAUUAUAUCCGGAACAUGGAAGCUACUUCCAGGCUCUUGGAUGCCAGGGAAUGUUGAGACGAAUAUUGUUGCUGUGGUGCCUUAGCCAUCCAGAGUUUGGUUAUAGACAAGGAAUGCAUGAACUCCUGGCACCUUUGCUGUAUGUUCUUCAUGUUGAUGUUGAGCGUCUUUCAGAAGUACGAAAGAUACAUAAAGACCAUUUCAUUGACAAAUUUGAUGGAUUGUUAUUUGAAGAAAAUGAUGUCACAUACAAUUUUGAUUUUAAGAAGUUUCUAGAUUCCAUGAACGAUGAGGUUGGAUCUCAAGGUAAUUCAAAGAAAGUUGGGAGUGUUGAUGAGCUUGAUCCCGAGAUACAGACCAUCAUAUUGCUAACUGAUGCUUAUGGAGCUGAAGGUGAACUUGGUAUUGUCUUGUCUGAUAAAUUUAUGGAACAUGAUGCCUACUGUAUGUUCGAGGCUCUUAUGAGCGGGGCACAUGGAUCAGUUGCUGUGGCAGAUUUUUUUGCUCCCUUUCCUGCUUUGCAGUCUCAUGGUGGCUUGCCUCCUGUCAUUGAAGCCUCAGCUGCAUUAUACCAUUUGCUGUCCGUGGUUGAUUCUUCUCUACAUAGCCAUCUUGUUGAGCUUGGUGUUGAACCCCAGUAUUUUGCACUUCGCUGGUUGCGAGUUUUAUUUGGACGGGAGUUUUCACUUCAUGAUCUCUUAGUUGUAUGGGACGAGAUCUUAACAGCAGAUAAUAGUCCACUUGAUAAAGUUUCUGAAAAUGAAGAGAUUUCCAGUUUUAAAUUACUCGAUUCGCAUCGUGGAGCAUUAAUUGCUGGCAUGGCAGUCUCUAUGAUACUUUUUGUGAGGUCUUCCCUGCUUGCCACUGAAAAUGCGACAACUUGUCUUCAGAGACUCUUGAAUUUUCCAGAGAAUAUAAAUCUAAAGAAACUUAUAGGGAAGGCGAAGUCACUGCAAAUUCUUGCACUGGAAUUCAAAAUCUCAUCCUCAUUACUUACAUUCGAUGUGGCAUAUAACCGUUGCAAAUCUGCUGCGAGCAGUCGCAAUCUUUCAUCGGAUUCAGUUUCUCUGAAAACUCUAUCUCUGGUUCCCGACAGCUACUGGGAAGAAAAGUGGACAGUCCUGAAUAAGGCAGAGGAGCUAAGGCAAGAUAGUUUAGGUAAACAUGCUUCCAUUGGGAAAAGGAGAUGGUCUGAAAAAGUAAAGCCGGUGCUAUCUAGAACUGAAUCCGACCCUUCACCAGCAAGAGCAGAAAAAUACAAAAAGGGCCAUAGUUCAUCUGUUAGGCGUAGUUUGCUUGAAGAUUUGUCUCAGCAACUUGGCUUGGAGGAAGAUACCGAAGCGGGAGACUGUUUCGAUGCUUGCAAUUUAGACGAUCGUCAUUCCAUAGAAGUUCAGGUGGAGAGGCAAAAUGAUACAAGCAUAGAGACUAUUCGCACAGCUGAAGAAAGAUGCGAGAGUGGAAGUGGAGCUUCUGUCAGUGAAGAAAACUCCUCUAUUUUUUCCGACCCUGCAAGUUCUUGUAGUAGCAGUAAUGACCAUGAAAACGACACAGAAAAAAGUAGCGUCUCAUCGACUUUAUCUUCAGAUGAUAAUGAUGAUCGCCACCAGAGUAGCCUGGAAGAUUCGCCUCUGCCAGUUUCCUCUCCUCCUGAUGACGUCCUUUUAAAUUAUCCGCACGAGAAUGAAUCUUCAGGGAAGAUGGUCCCAGCCUCAAAGGAAAGAAGGCAUCUUCCAAGUAGAUUUCAAUGGCUUUUGAAGUUUGGAUGGAACAAUGCCAGUCAGGAGGCAUCUGUUAAAGGAGUUAUCAACGAGACCGCGAAAUCUGCAAACCGUGAUAGCAAGAGCAGUACAGCAGACUCAUCUACAGCCGGUGCUUCUCGUAAUUCGUCUCCCACCAGCCAAAGAGAUGUAGUGGACCAGAAUGUAAUGGGGACGCUGAAGAAUCUGGGCCAGUCGAUGCUUGAGCACAUUCAGGUUCUUGAGUCUGUUUUCCAGCAAGAUCAAGUUCAAGUGGGAUCGUCGGACAACUCGUCGAGAAACAAUCUAGUUGGCAAAGGACAAGUUACAGCCGUGACAGCCCUCAAAGAGCUUCGGAAGAUCAGCAACCUUUUAUCAGAGAGGUGAGAUUUCUUCUCAUGAAAUCUGUACACACAUUUUGUAGUUAACAUUGAUUUAUUUAGACCAACUAAAUUAGUCCAACUUGUACUUAAAAUGGCCCAAAUUUGAAG